CGUCGAUAGUCUGGUCGUCGAUAGUCUGGCCGUCGUCGUGUCCAGCACCCCUUCCGACCGCUGUAACUAGUUAAUUGCCCAAGCAGCUGGCGACAAGGCUUCGAUGCUCCCCGGCCGUCUGUUCCGUGCAUCUAUCCCCGAGACAUGAGUCUCCAUCUCCUCGCGCCGAAACGGGCAGCGUGUGAUCGAUGCCAUCGACUCAAGAUGCGCUGCAUAUCCGAGCCCGGGGGGAGAAACGCGCCGUGUAACCGCUGCCAGGGAGCCGAAGUGCCCUGCAACUACAGUCUUCCGCGGAAGCCCGGACGUCCCCCGACUAAGGCCGUCGGCACGCUCGUGCAGGGAGUGGGCGUCGGCCCCGAAGCAAGGGCGGCCCCGGCCGGGGCCAGUGCUGCGAGCAAGGCCGCCAGCAAGAGCGCCGAAGACGCCUGGGGAGAGGACAUGGCCGAGGACGACGAUGCUCUGUCGAGGACCGACGCCUUUGCCAAUCUGUUGAUGACCCAAGACAUGCUGUCGUGGCCGCCCGCCGGCUUCCUCGACGGCUUUCUCAACCACAUGAAGGCUGGCGGGCAGCCGUUAGACGAUGGCAGCGAUCCGCACGGCUUCUGGGGCGCUGACCACGCCCGCUUCGAUCCUUUCGCGUCGCUCCUCCCGCCGUUGAGUCGCCCCCAGACCCCGGCGACCCCGUCGCAGCUGCUGGCCCUGGGCGGCAGGGUCGUCCCGGGGACGGACGACUCUCACGGCCCUCUGCCGGUGCGGGGCCCAACCCCCAUGUCGGCCAGGUCGGGGUCAACAACGCCCACGGCAGGCGGCAAGACGCACCAGUACAUGCAGCAACUCUCCGACUUCAACGUGCGUCUCUCCCGGCCCGUGAACCUGGGCUCGGAAAUCAGCCCAGCCCAGCUCGAGCAGGUGGCCGCACACGUGCUCGAGAGCUCGGCCAUCUUUCUCGGGCUCGUCAACUUCCCGACUAGCGGCGGCCGAGAGACGGAGCCUCCAGGCGGCGGGGGCGGGGACGGGAGCGGGAGCGGGAGCGGGAGCGGGAGCGCGCGCCAGAAGAGGCGGCGGAAAUCGAACCAGACCAUGGCGUCGACGUACUCCAACGAGGACGAAGACGACGACGGCGGUGGGGGCGGGGGCGGCGUCAGCGGCGGCGGCGGCAUCCACGUGCCCGACACGGCCCACGUGCCCGACACGGCCCACGUGCCCGACACGGCGGCCGUGCUCCAGCUCGUCGUCUUCUCAAUGCGCCUGACCGAGCUGCACUACGAGCUGUACUCGGCCAUCCUCGGCUACCUCCAGCAGACGGACGCGGCGUCACUGCCUGGCGUGUCGCACGCGGACGGCGGCGCCGCGACGCCGCCGCCGUCCCCGCCGCCGCCGCUCUCGCUCUCCAUCGCCGGCGUGUCGCUGUUCCCGCACCCGCGGUUCCAGCUGCAGCUUCUCCUCCAGACGGGCGCGCACUAUCUUGGCAACAUUCAAGAAGCCAUGGCCAAGCUCGAGGCCCUGCGCCCGGACGCGUCGGGGUCGGGGUCGGGGUCGGGGUCGGUGUCGGUGUCGGUGCACCGGCCGUCGGCCCAGGGCUCGGUCAGCAUGGCUGUGCUGAUGCGCGCCGUCAUGAUGCAGGACCAGCAGAAGCGCAUGGGCGGCAUCCGCGAGGUGCUGGCGAAGCUGCGCGACGAGCUGGGCAUGGCGGUGCAGCUAGUUAAAUGGUAA